GAAUUGAUGAUGUCAUCUUCCGGUAAGAAAUCAAAACUCUGGUAGCCCUCACGCAGCCAAACAGUAUGGAGAACACUGCACUGGUUUCUUUUCCUCCAAGUGACUGUGUAGUUAAUGAUGAAGAAGAAAUUCAAAGCGAGAAUGAUAGUCAUUCAUCCAAUAGCAGGGAGCCUCUUAUCAGGGAGCCUCUCGUUCCAGACCCUCUUGUCGUUCCUCAGCCUCUUGUCACUACUCAGCCUCAGCUCACGCGUGACUUUCAUUUCAUUUAUCGUCGUAAUCAAACUCCAAGUGACAACUUUUUUAUGCUAACUAUUAUUCAACUCUUUUGCUGUUCUCUAAUUGGAUGCUUGGCCCUCUUUUGUAUUAUUCCAGCUCUGUGCUUUGUUAUCAAAGCAAGGAAGGCUGAAAUGGAUGGUGACAUCAUUACAAUGUAUUCAAGGCGACAGCUUGCCCUCAUUUUUAAUUUUAUUGGCUUCUUUGUUGGCAUCAUAAAUAUCUUUAUAAAUAUUUAUUUCAUUCUAAAUAUUAUAGCACUUACUUACUAACAUAAACUAGUGUUUUAUGUCACACUAAACUGAUGGUAAUGCUGUCAAAUUUUGUUAUUAUUAGUUAAUAAAUAUUUAUACAUUACAAA